AUGGUAAAAGAAGGAAUUGUGUUGGGACACAAAGUUUUAAGGAAGGGGAUAGAAGUGGAUAGAGCAAAAGUGGACACAAUAGCUAUGUUACCCCCUCCAACAAAUGUAAAAGGGGUAAGGAGUUUUCUUGGCCAUGCAGGAUUUUAUCGUCACUUCAUUAAAGACUUCUCAAAGAUAACUAGGCCUUUGACUCAACUACUCUUGAAGGACACUCCAUUCAAUUUCUCUAAAGAAUAUCAUGAAGCAUUUCAUUUAUUAAAGGAAAGAUUAAACACUACUCCUAUCAUGAUAGCCCCAAAUUUGAAUCUUCCUUUCGAGCUGAUGUGUGAUGCUAGUGACUAUGUGGUGGGAUUUGCUUUAGGGAAAAGGGUUGAUAAACAUUUUCAACCUAUUUACUAUGCAAGCAAAACUUUGAACCCAACUCAAUAG